AUGGAUGUGGAUGUUGAUUCUGCAAAGACUAAUUCGAGUUCUGAGGAUUCAAAGUCUGAAAAGGAGAAGGGUAAACGCAAGCUUUAUGUGGGAUCUCAAGCCUUGAAUUACUGCCGGGAUCAUAUGGAGAUCUUGUCACCGAUCAAAGAUGGUAUAGUUUCUGAUUGUGUGAGCAUGUGGGCUUCAUAUAUCAUUAUUUCUGGACUAUGA